AUUGAUUAAAUAAAUAAAUAAAAUAAAAUGGGUUCCAGCGGGAAGCUUGAAGCAGAGAUGGAGGUGAAGAGCAGUGCAGAUAAGUUCUGGGAAAGCGUAAGGGACUCCACCACUCUCUUCCCCAAGGUAUUACCUACACAUUACAAGAGCAUUCAAGUUGUCGAAGGAGAUGGCAAGUGUGUUGGCUCCGUCAGGCUCAUGACUUACGCCGAAGAGAUACCAGGGGUAAAGUUUUCAAAGGAGAGAAUCGAUGCGGUGGAUGAGGAAGGGAAAGAGGUAGCUUUCAGCCUCAUUGAUGGAGAUGUGUCCAAGUUCUACAAGCAUAUCAAGAACAAGCUUCAGGUGAUCUCCAAAGGACAGGGGAGCUUGGUGAAAUGGUCCUGUGAGUUCGAGAAGGCAAGUGGAGAUGUUCCUGAUCCACACCUCAUCAAAGACUUCGCACUCAAUGUCUUCAAGGCCUUGGAUGACUACCUUCUUACCAAAAAAACUUAAUUAAGGC